UCAGUACAAAUGGACAGCUGUUUGAUUGCGGUCUCAUAAAUAUUUGCACAACGCUCUUCCGUUUCGAGUUGGAAGUCCAUUGGUGCAAGACGGCGCAGGUGAAAUCUGAUAGCCUCGCACUUGAGUUCCGAAGAUUUUUUUCUUUCUUGUGCAACAUUUUGCAGCAGGUUGAGAAACUGCGUAGCUUUAGAGACACUUUUCGUGUGCUGACUGCUGGGCCCCGGAUGCUUAUGUUGGCAGUGGACGAGGACUUGUUACUGUGCUCCCCGCUGCUGAUCAGCCAUUGUGGAUGUCGGAAAGGGGCAAGGACCAGUUCAUUCGCCCGCUGGCUACAGUGUUUGCAUGAAAUAAACUGAUGUAUUAACGCUUGGAUGAGCCAUGAAGCUGCUGGCCCAGCCUACUUUGCAGGACUUUUUCGAGGUUUCUGACAUGCCAACUCCAAGAAUGAGCAGAUAGCUGACUUGUUGCGGAGCUUUGUGAUUAAAUGUGAGAGGACGAGAAGAGAAUAAACAUUCCAGCACUUUGUUCUGUGUGCCUGCCUGUCUGAGGAACUUGUUUAGCUGUGUUCUGUCAUCUUCAUCGCUCGCUUUCAUCGGGGGACCGCAGGCUGCACACCAUGAAGCAGAGGGCAUCCAAACAACCCUGGCCUCACAUCAUAAUCGCUCUAUCGUCUUUAUUCUCGUCUAUCGUCUUGGUCCUGUGCAGCGCAGCAGCAGAUGUCCCAGAGGAAGAAGGCUUCAGUGCUGAGGCCUGGCUUCGUAAGUUUGGCUACCUGUCUCAGGCGAGCAGGCAGAUGUCCACCAUGCAGUCGUCUCAGAUUCUGUCCAAAGCCAUCAGCGACAUGCAGCGCGUCUAUGGUCUAGAGGUGACCGGAGAGAUGGACCAUGCUACUGUCGCGGCCAUGCGUCGGCCUCGCUGUGGCCUCCCAGACAGAGAAGUGGCUGAGAUAGAUGAUGGCGUGAGGAAAAAACGCUUUGCUCUCACUGGUCAGCAGUGGGGCAAAGAUCACAUCACUUACAGUAUAAUGAAUCAACACGUCCCCUCCUCGCUGGGCGAGGAGCGGACUUAUGAUGCUAUCCGCAUGGCCUUUGACGUGUGGAGACGGGUCACACCACUCACUUUUGAGGAGUUACCUGCCGAAAACAACAUGAACAUCAACAGCAGCCAAGCAGAGCUCGCUGACAUUCUGUUGUUGUUUGCCUCUGGUUUCCAUGGUGAUACGUCAUUGUUUGAUGGCGAGGGGGGGUCGCUUGCCCAUGCCUUCUACCCUGGACCAGGAAUAGGUGGGGAUACACACUUUGAUGCUGAUGAGCCUUGGACACUGGACAACCAAAACCCAGAAGGUGUUGACCUCUUCCUGGUUGCAGUACAUGAGCUUGGUCAUGCUUUGGGUCUGGAGCACUCAGAUAACCCCAGUGCCAAAAUGGCUCCUUUCUACCAGUGGAUUCACACACACAACUUCACACUACAUGAGGAUGACAUCAAAGGAAUACAGCACAUAUAUGGUCCUCCUCUCAUCACCGGUGCUCCACCCACUUCUCCUCCGGCCCCUGGCAACAAACCCAACGAUGACUCCCCCACGUCCUCUUAUCCCCCAAAAGACGAACCCACCUCCACCUCUCCCACCGACCCACCACAUGAAUCACCCAACCCGACUGACGGCAGCCAACAUCCCCCAGCCCGGCCGGAGCCGAGCCCCACCUUACCUCCUGCCCUCCCCACCGACUCCCUGCCUGAGCCAGAACCUGUCACCCCGCAUGUUAGAAAAGAUAUCCCCCCUCCUCCCCCUCCCCCUCGCCUCCCUCCUCCUCCCCGACCUCCCAAGCUGCCAGAAAAUCAGGCCCCUAAUAUCUGUGACGGGGACUUUGACACGGUGACCAUGCUGAGGGGGGAGAUGUUUAUUUUCAAGGGUCGCUGGUUCUGGCGUGUGAGGAGGAACCGGGUCUUGGAUAACUACCCCAUGCCGAUAUCUGUCUUCUGGAUCGGCCUGCCUAGCGACAUCGACGCAGCGUAUGAGCGCCAGGAUGGCAAAUUUGUCUUCUUUAAAGACGAUAAAUACUGGGUGUUUAGGGAGGCCGACGUGUUGCCAGGGUACCCACAGCCCUUACAUGAGUAUGGACAAGGAGUUCCUGCAUACAAGAUUGACACAGCAAUCUGGUGGGAGCCCAACGGAUACACAUACUUUUUCUCUGGAGACAGAUACUGGCGUUACAGUGAGGAGACCCGAACUACAGACCGCGACUUCCCCAAGCCAAAUAGCAGAUGGGGCAGGAUCCCCCACUCCCCCAAAGGAGCCUUCCUCAGUGAUGACGGCGCUUACACCUAUUUCUACAAAGGCACCAAUUACUGGAGGUUUGACAACCGCAGGACAGAAGCAGACAAAGGCUACCCUCGCUCCAUCCUGAAGGAUUUCAUGGGCUGUGUGGGAGUCCCUGAACCUAAGCCUGAUACAGACACUGAGCAGGAACCAAAAGACAAACCAGUCAACCCUUCAGAUCGAGGCAAAGAUGAGCACAAAGAGCCGGACAGGGGCCGGGACAAAAACACAGAGCCAGAGGAAGAUAAAAACUCUAAGCAUGACAGCAGAGAGGUGGAGGAGGAGGAGGAGGACAAAGAGGUGAAUGUGGUCGUGACGGUGGCCGACAAUGAAUCAAAGGUCAUGACCCUGAUCAUGGUGAUUGUUCCUCUGGUGCUUAUCCUGUGCAUUCUGGUCCUAAUCUACGCAAUCCUCAGGACUCUGCAGAAGAAAGAGACGCCAAGGGCCUUGGUGCACUGCAAACGUUCGUUGCAGGACUGGGUAUGAGGCACAGAAGUGGAAGAGAUAGAACGGGUAUUCAUCAUUUGUCUGGUACAGUCGUUGGUGUCAAAAUUUGUACUCGGAAAGAAGCUUCAACGCAGUACUUAAGUCAUAGAAAGCCAAGGACCGUUUAGGGCCCCAUUCAUUGUGAAAACUUUUAUUGCUAAUGUGACGUAAUGCAAAAGUAGUAAAGUCCACGCCUGUGGAGCUCCAGUGUACAUUUCUUUCUACUGGCCUUGGAAGAUUCUUUCCUGUGCCACCCAGUCUGAAAAAGUAACUCUUUCUUAAAAAUUCACAUUUAUUUCAUCACAACAUAAAAAAGAUAUUUCAGCCUCCAGAUUUGUACCGUAGAAGACACAUGACACAAUGUCCGUUUCUGUCAAUUCUAGGACAGAUGAUUAAUUUGUAGUAAAAAUGCAGACAAGUCGAUAAUGCACAUACACUACACAGAAGCACACAUACUGUACAUACUCACACGAGUGCUUAUAGAGAUGAAAACAAAUAUACUUAUAAAGUCUACCAUUAUAUUUGACUAUGGUGCCUUUACCAAUCUUGACAUUUUCUUAGUUAUAAUUUGCACUUUUGAUUCUUUGUUUUGCUGAGGUUGCUUCACUGCAGAUGUGUGUGUGUGUGUGCAAUGCAAUGCAAUGCAGAACUCUGUUUAUUAAACACACAGACACACACUAGCAGAAGAAGCUCAUCCUCCGACCAGCGCAGAAAUGUCAGACAGCUGUGUCUCCCACUGAGCCCAUUAUGUCUGCCCUCUCUCUUACUCAGACACGCACGCCAAGGUCACAUGAUCUAAAAAAAAAACCCUAACUCAACUCAUUUGUGCAUGCUUGUCCACACACACACACACACACACACACACACACACACACACACACACACACACACACACACACACACACACACCAAGACAUAGAGACCACUUACCUAAACAAAGGCACAUAGAGUUUUUUGCACAGACACAAGGGCUCCAGCUUUCCCCUCCUCCAGCCACGUUCAGACUGCACCACUAAAAACACAAUCCCAGAGGAGACAUAUUGAUAUACGACUGGUGCCGGGCUGGGAUGAAAUACAAGAGGAGGGGGAUUUAGUCACAUUUAACAAGAAUAAUGGUAUUUUGCUAAUUCUGUCCAUCUCAUCUUGACCUGUAAAGAGUAAAACCAUAGCGAGAGUGGAGUGCCCGUCUGUCUGUAAGUCCUUUUUUUUCAUGCUAAAGCUACAAAGUUUAAGCUCAUUAAGUGUACAAGGGAGAAGCCUGCAGGAGAGAGAGGACUGGGUAAGGGUCUGGUUUCCAUUAAGCCCACAUGAUGCUGAUUUAGUAGUGUCAGGCAUGUAUGGGGGGGGGGGGGGGUGAGAAUGCAAAAAGAAGGAAGUAUAAAAGUAAUGGUAGUGGGGAGUAAGGAGAAAGGGGAAAUGAGAGAGAAUGAGAUUUGUGAGGGUAAGAAAGAAACCAGGAGAGGCACAAAUUGAGGGGGGAGAGGGAGGGCUCUGCCAGCAUUUCCUCUCCAGUUUUCUCUGGAGAAGGAGGAGCGGGGGAAAGAGGGAGGAAAGAUUUCGGGGAGCGGCAGCGCUGGCGUUGUGCCUCCUGACCUAGAUUGGGACACUUAAGUCCACUCCUCUUUUUCAAGUCUUCUUGUUUUUGCUCUGUUUGUUGUCAUGAGCUGGAGAUGACUUCCUCUGUGACCCUCCUUCCUAUCCUCCGCUGUCUUUCUCCCUGCUUCUUUCCCUUUCCUUUUUCAAAUCUCAAUUUUUGUGUCAUUGCUGUCACCUUCCUUACUCCACUUCUGCACUCCCAAACAUUUUAACACAGAAACAUCUGCAGAAAGUGAUCCUUAAUGUGUCUAUUGAGCCUCGCACUGUGUAUCUGUCUCUGUGUAAUGCCACUAUUCAAACACUACAAUUAUUACCCUUGAAGUUUGUGCCUAUAUUUUGUUUUGGCCUGUCUUUGACAUUUCAUUGUGCCUUUUUUUUCUGUGAAUAUUGGGGAGGGGGGCAUUUUUUAUACUAUAAAUAGCAUGAGGGAAAGUAUUUUUGAAAAUAUAUUUCUUCUUUUUUACUAAUCGUAUCGUUUUGUAGUUUUGUACAUUUUGUUUGUGUUCAGGUUUUCUGUAAGAACAGCAGUAGAUUAUUACGACAAUGUUGAUGCAUGCAGGGCAUGUUUUGUAAGGCCUGUGCACUCCUGUGUAGAGUACCUUAAAGAUUUCACAAUAAAACUCACAGGUAUAAGCAA